UAAUUUAGUGUAAGUUUUAGAUCAUUUUUAUAUAUUAGCUUUAAUUUUUCCUUUCCUUAAUGCCCGCUGAUCAUGGAUUGAUCUGUCGCGCCAUCAGUGUCCAAGUCAACAAGCAGUGUAGGCACUGAAUGUGCAGUUGUCAAUUUCAUUAAGGGGACUUUGCUAUACAGAAACUUGACAAGGGUUCACUAUUUGUUUGGCAUUGCAGAAUGGGUACAAUAGCAGCACGACUCAGUCCUUAUCUAUGGAGGCGAACGCCUAUAAAUUUACAACACCGGCGUUUUUCUACUUCCAGCUUUGGGAGAGAUGAACAGUCAAUAGAACAAGAGGCUGAAAGAAAAGUAGGAUGGCUCUUAAAAUUAAUUUUUGCUGGGACUGCUACUGUUAUUGGGUAUCAAAUUUUCCCAUACAUGGGAGACAAUCUGAUGCAGCAGUCUGUCUCACUUCUAGAAGUCAAGGAUCCCUUAUUUAAAAGAAUGGGUGCGUCCAGAUUAGCUCGUUUUGCUAUAGAUGAUGAAAGAAGGAUGAAAAUAGUUGAGAUUGGUGGGGCUCAAAAGCUUCUGAACAUGUUAGAGUCUGCCAGAGAUGAUCGCACGAGGAAGGAAUCCUUGAAGGCUCUUUUUGCAAUAUCAAAAUCAGGGUCUUUGCAGGCUUCAGAAUAGCUUGUAGGUUCAGCAACACAUGAAGUCUUCAUCACAUAGCUCUUGUAUGACUGAGAAAGCCUAUCAUAAGACACAUGAUUUGCAAGAGCAUGAGGUACCUUCUUUGUGUUUUUGGAAACAAAGUCAUUCACUUUCUUUCUCUAGUUGACUUUCUUUGAUCCUGAGAUGCAACUGCUUGAGAUGCAGCUUGUGUAGUGGUAGGAAUGCUCUGGAGUUGUUGCUCUUGUUGAGUAGCCCCUUGACUUCUACUUGACCUCCUUUAGUAUACCUUUGUUAUGGAUUGUCUAAGAGUAGGUUCCCUUGGUGGUAGUUGCUCUUGCUGACUGUCUGAGGUAGUAGUCCUUUGGGAUGAGACCUGUAUAGGAAUCUGCGUGACCUCAGUAGUUACUGGAUACUGAUCUUCUAAAGGGAACACAUGUUGAGGUGCCUGAGGCUGCUUCUUGAGUUCCUUAAAAGGAAAUAUAUCUUCCCUCUCUACAUAUAGAAAAAAUGUUAGUAGAUAAAUCAUAUAGGACCUAUCCCUUCUGAGUGCUAGAGUACCCCAUCAUGAUGCAUGUCCUUGUUCUAGACAUGAGCUUAUCAUGUUCAUUCAGUACUUUGACAUAGCUCAGGCAUCCCACUACUCUGAGAUGAUCACAAUUUGGUUGCUUACCAUACAAUUUUUCAUAAGAACUCACAAACUGAAUGACUAGACUAGGCAACCUAUUGAUGAUAUAUACUGCAGUUAGAACACAAUAACCCCAGAACCUUAUUGGAAUUUCAGCCUGAAAUCUGAUAGCUCUUGUCACUUCUAGGAUAUGUCUGUGUUUUCUCUCAGCAACACCAUUUUGCUGAGGAGAAUAUGGACAUGUAGUUUGAUGAACUAUGCCAUGUUCCUGGAACAACUCUUUACAUAUUGAGUUUACAAACUCAGUACCAUUAUCAGUCCUCACUACUUUGAUAGCCUUGUCAAGCUGAGUUUUGACAUAUACAAGAAAGUGUUGAAUCUGAACACGCACAUCAGACUUAAGUUUUAACAGAAAUAUCCAAGUGUACCUUGAAAAAUCAUCAACCACUGUUACAAAAUAUCUAUUUCGAUUCAUAGUUGGUACUUUGUAAGGUCCCCAAACAUCCAUGUGUACAAGAUCAAAACAACAUGUAUUUUGACUGUUAGUAGAUAGAAAACGUAACCUAGUUUGUUUAGCACUAGGACAGAUACUACAUUGCUUUAUUCUAUCUUCUAUUACUUGAACUUCUUGAGAUAUAAUCUUUUCUGCACACUGGUUGAUGCAUGUCCCAACCUUUGAUGCCACAGAUCUACUUCAGUUUUAGUUCUUUCCACAGCUAGUUUACUAGAUGCUUUAGUUGCUACUGCAACCUCUUUCCUUGGCUGAUCUCUAAGCACAUAUAGUCCUCCAUCAAGCUUACCAAUCCCCCUCACCUUUCCAGUACAAAGAUCCUGGAAAACACAGAAAUCAGGAAAGAACUUCACUGAGCAAUUCCACUCCUUAGUUACUUGUGACACUGAUAGAAGGUUACAUGUAAACUGUGGAAUGUGAUAGACAUUUGUGAUGUUAUUUCCUUCUGACAGGCAACUAGUUCCCACAUGAGUGUCCAUUGUAGUGUCACCAUUUGGUAGAUAUACCUUCUUUGGUUUUGCCAACUCUGUAACACUCUUGUUAAGUAACAGGUUUGAGUUUCCAACCAUAUGGUUAGUAGCACUAGUAUCUAUAAUCCCUUUUCUGAGAAUCAAAAGAGGCUAGACAAGCAGAAAUACCUGCACUUGUUACAUUUGCAGACUCACAAGGUGUGUUAACAGAGUUGUUUUUGUUGAUCAUUUGCAAGAUUUGACCAUAUUGUUCCUUGGUGAAUGCAACAUUUCCCAUCUGACUCAACUGCUCUAGCCGACUAUCAGACACCAGAGACUGUCCUACGUCCUUACUAGACCACUUCUGCAUAGAAUGAGAGUACUGACCUGCACACUGAUCAUAGCCACCCUGAUCCAUUAAAGACACAUUGUAAGUUGUGUUUUUCCCUUUAUGUUUGAACUUCUUCUUAGCCUUGUAAUCUUGAGGAUAGCCUACUAUCUUCUAGCAGUUUUCCUUAGAGUGCCCCUUCAGUUUGCAGAAAUCACAUUGCAGAUUGAAAUUUUUCUUGAACUUCUGAUUGUUGUUUCCACCUGGACCAUUUCUUGCAUACAUGGCUAUCUUAAGGUUCUUGGCAUUAACUGCAGGAUUCAUUCCCAAGAUUCCAGCCUGACUUGCAACAGAUUUUUGACUUUCAUCACUUAUGAUCAUUGCAUAAGCUUGGUUCACAUUUGGGAGAGGGGUCAUAAGCAAGAUUUGACUUCUUGCUUGUGUGUAGGUCUCAUUCAGACCCAUAAGAAACUGAAAUAGUUUCAGUUUCUGCAGAUGCAGUACAUAUUCUUUUGAUUUCUCACAUUCACACCCAGGUACAGGCACAAGAGCCUCAAAUUCUUCCCACAAAUCCUUUAGUUUUGAAAAAUACACAGACACUGAGGCAGUUCCUUGAGACAAUGUGAUAUCUGUGUGCAGAUUAAAGGUUCUUGCCCCAUCAACUUUGUUAAACCUUUCAGAUAGCUCAUUCCAAACUACCCUAGCUACAGAUGCAUACAUGAUUCCACCAAGUAACUCUUUAUAAACUGAAUUCAUGAUCCAAGAAAGUACAAUUGCAUUCUCUUUCCUAGUGACUACUCAACUCAUUUGAGAACUUAUCUUUAGAGCAUGUUCCAUCUACCAUGCCCAACUUAUUUCUCCCUAGUAAGGCUAUAUGCAUGGAUCUAAACCAGACUGAAUAGUUCUCAAUUCCUGUCAAUUGAAAAGAGAUGAUUUGUAUGCCAUGUACAUCAGAAGGGCUUAGAAAGAGAGGAUGAUUGUAGUCCAAUAAAUUGGGAGUAACUCUGGAUGCUUCAGCAGCAUCAACAACAACAUUUUGAUUCACCAUUAUUGCAGAUUUGUAAACCCUGAUUCAAGACUUCUUGAUCUUGAUUCAAUAUGCUAGAAUCGAUCUUGCUCUACUAGUUUUCUAGUGAGUAAAGCUUUGAUACCAUGUAAUUAUACAAGAUAGCAGUAAGCUUCUUGUUUAUUCAACAAUGGAGAAAGUACAGAGUUUGAUAGUGUUUGUAGAAGAAGGGAGGAAGAGAACUGAGAGAAGAAGAAGAUGAGAGAGAAGAGUAACUGCUUGUAUUGAAUGAAUAGAACAAUGUACAUUGUUAUGUAUAUAUACUAGCUUGUGAUAUGCCUAACUAACUCAACUAGCCGUUAACUACUUUGUAACUAACUAUUAGAACAGUUAUAACUGAAAGCUGGAACCAAGUUUACUUUGUUU